AUGGAGGUGUCCCACGAUGACUCCUUCAGCUGCUACUUCUCCUGCUGCUUGGUCCCCUGGUUCCUCCUUGGUGGCAGCGUCAUCCUGUCCCUCCUCGUCUGCUUCUCCCGGAAGAUUCUGCAGGGGAGGCUUCUUCCGGAGAGGAGAGCCUGUCCGCUGUCCGCAGGUGCCUGGCCCAAGUCGCCACAGGCUCAUCCCACGAGCAGAGACCGGCCCCAGGCAACUGUAAAAAAGGCGAAAGGUAACGCAGGGCGGGUGGUCCUGGGGGCAUCCCGAGAUCCCAGCUCCCCCAAAUUGUCUUUGCAUGUUGGUUCCCUAUCGAAGCCUGUGCUGUCAUUCCCACUCCAACAGCUCGCCCUCUUCUCCUCUGCAGACGUCCAAGGACAGCGGCCUGGACAGGCGCAGGAUGGCCCCUCGCCCAGGACCCCUCGCCAGGACCCCAUCCGCCACCUGCUGUGUGCUGACCCCGCCUGCACCCUCUGCGACAGGGUGGCUGUGCAGGCCAGACGGCUGGCGUACCCCAGAGGACGGGGCCUCCCAUCUUCGCCAGCGCCGCUGGACCCCAACACCUCGUGCCUGGAGUACUCCAGCUGCCUAGACAUGUCCAAAUCGCCCGCUUCUGUCACUUUGCUCAGGAGCGACAGCGAGCCUGGCCCCGCCGGCAACCUCUCCCUUUCCACUCCGGGAGCACCUCUAGCACCCUGCACAGGUCCUCACCAGCUCAGGACCCCGAAGAAGCCGAGAGCGGCGAAGAAGGCUAAGCAGGAGGGUCUCAGGGGCCUGGAGGAAUGCAUGUGCUGCUCUGACGACUGGGCGGAAGAACAGGCCGCCCUCAGCACCUCCACCUUCACCUUCUCGGAGAUCUCCUUCACCAGCAGGACAGAUUACAGCUCCUCUUCUGCUCGGUCCAGGACAUCCCUCGAAGUCACCCUCCGGCAAGUCUCUGAAUGUUCGCUGAGGAUCGAGAGCAGCACAUCUUCCAGGCUAUGGGGAGAGCCUGUGGAGGAGGAAGCCUUUGGCAGGAAGAGGAAAUCCCCAGGGACCAGCCCCUCCAGAGGACGUCCCAAGAGACGAGGGCGCGCCAGGGAGAAAGGGUCUCCUGUUUUUUGUAGGAAACGGGGGUCUCUGAGGGCAGAGUUUGCUCCCACAGACACUCCCUUCCUGAAGGAGGCUGCCCGGGCAAUCUUGGAGUGGCACGUGCUUUGGAAGCGAGCCCAGCAUGCCCUGGGGCUGCCCCAGUCCCUCCUGCGCUCUCUCCGGGCCUUCAUGCCCGCUGCUCCAGGGUCUGCCCCUCGAAAGGCCACGGGGGAGGUUGUGGCUGUGACCCAGCCUCAGGCGCCCUCCUUUCUGAGCGAGGACUCCAGGGCAGGACUCGAGAAGCACCUCCAGAAGAUGGUGCGCCUCAAGCGCUGGGGGCUGCCACAGAGGGUGCGGGAGGCCCUGCAACACAUGCACCCAGCCGCACCACGGAAAGUGCUCCAGAGCGAGGGCCGAGGGCUGGCGAGUUCAGGGGCCGGAGGAGCACAGCAGGAAGCCAGGGGCGUGAGCUUCAGACCCGCUGGUGCCUCUCCAGUGAAGCUCCCUCCGCCUGCCCAGAAGAUGCCCGCCUCCCUGCUGAAGCCAUUUCCCCUGGGCUGGAAGUACCUGCAGCCAACAAGCCAUCCCCACCCGCAGGCGGAAGGAGAGAGGGUGGCGCUUGCUCCUGAGCGGGCCCGUCUCCAGGUGGCUCUCCCUUCUCGCCAUGGAGCCCCCAGGCUGCAGCCUCCUGCCCCACCUCUCCCUGCUCUGGAGUUUGUGGCGCCCACUGCCUUGGACGCCCUGGAGACCCACGCCCUCCAGAGGAGGCUCCAGCACCAGUGGGGCCUCCCCGGCCUCCUCCAGAGGUCCCUGCAGCGCUUCCUCCCGGCUCCUCCACCCCGGCCACCAACCCGACGCCUCCUCGUCCCGCGGGGCUCCCAGCAAGUGCGCCCUGCCAUCGGGCAGCUGCCCUGCAUCCCGCCAGAGACCAAGAGGCUGCUGGAAAGCCACCUCAAGAGAGUCGUGAUAGAGAGGCGCUGGGGCCUCCCCAGGCGGGUCUUGGAGUCCCUCCAGCACUUCCGGGGCCCCUCUCCCCCGCCAACAAUAAAGCCCAGGGACAGGGAGAAGGUCUCUUGGCCCCACGGAGCUGAGCGGCUUCCACCCCAAAAGCUACCCGCCCUGCCAGAGAGGGGGGCCGCCUCCUCCCCAGAGAAGCGCUGGGGCUCCAGGCAGCAGGCCUUGCAGCGGCAAGUGGCCAAGAAAGCCCUGGAGACGCAGCUGGGCCUCUUUUCGCCCGUGGUGCGUCUGUCGCAAGAACUCAGCCGCCGAGUGGGCAGAGAGGCCCUUCCCAGGGUCCUGCCGCGGGGGCUGAGACCCCUCCGGCCGAGAUCGCAGGCCUUCCCCUUCCUGGAGGAGUCUGCGCUGCAGGCGAUUGAACUGAACCUUGUCCGGAAACAGCUGGCCUACCGUUGGGGGCUGCCCACGCUCUACAGGAGGUCCGUGGCUCUCCUGGUCCCCGGCCCUCCCCUCUCGCCCGCAGCCAGCACAACCGCAGCCAGGUUUGCCGCAACAGAGACCCUCUUUGUUGGCACUGAGGUCCGGGGAGAGCUGGAGUGGCACGUCAGGAGGAAGCAGGUGCAGCACACCUGGGGGCUGCCUGGCCUGGUCCAGCGCUCCCUCCGCAACCUUCUCCUCGCCACCCCCCAGCUGUGCCGCCAGAGGCGUGGGCAGGGGACUGUGACCAUCCUCCAGGAGAGGCCCUUGUUCCUCCGCAAGGAAACCCGGCAUAAACUGGAGCUGAAUGUGCGGAAAAGGGUCGUUCUCCAGCGGUGGGGGCUGCCCAAGUUGGUACUGGAGUCCCUGCGCUUCCUCUUUCCAGAGAUGCGGCUCCAGCCCCCCAGGAAGGAAGCAGCAAAAUCUCCCCUGGCUCUGCCUGAGGGACGCAGCCCUGGUGACCGUGACAGAGGAGGCUACCUGGGGGCUUUUGCUAGUGUCAUGGCAACUCCCCGGAAGGCUCACCUAGUGGUCUUGAAGCACCAGAAGAUGGAGCAGCAUGUGGCAAAGAGGUCCGUGGAGGUGCUCUUGGGGGUCUUCCCUCCCGUGGCCCAGCUUUCGUGGCGCCUCGCCUCGCUCUCCACAAGGCCGUUGCUCCCCCGGCCGAUACGUCCCGGCCAAGGUGCCCUUCGACCUCACAGCAGCAGCUUCCUUCCUUUCGUCCGCCCAGAGGACGUGGGUCAGAUUGAGCUAGCCGUUUGCCGGAGCCACCUGGCCUCCCUCUGGGGGCUGGGGGUGCGCUACACGGAGGUGCUGCGGGUGGUGCUCCGUGGGCCACCCACUCGGCCUCUUGCCCCCCAGCAAAUGGGCCAGGAGUUCUUGGAGGCCCAGACACCAUUCCUGGCCCAGUCGGACAGAGGCGUCCUGGAGCUGUGCGUCAGGAAGAGACGGCUGCAGCACCUGUGGGGGUUGCCUGCUCUCAUCCAGAGGUCACUGAGGGCCUUCAUGCAAGGCUCUCCCCUCCUGCUGGCUGGCCGUAGGGCCAGGAUCCAAGUGGUUGUCCUGGAACAGGAGCUGCUCUUCCUCCCGGGGACAACCUGUAACCACCUGGAGCUCCACCUGCAGAAGAUGAAGCUGCAGCGGCAGUGGGGGCUUCCCAGAAGAGUCCUGCAGUCCUUGAAGAUCUUUGCCCCUUCAGGUCUUCUGGGCGAGGUCGGGAGGGGCAGGCCUUGGACACAGAGGCCCCCACAGCCCCCUCUGGAACAGCUGGUGCCCAUAGGAGGUGUGGCCUUUCCCCAGGGGAGUCGGGGCCAGUUUGACAUACAGGAAAAGGCCGAGGAGGAGGAGGAAAACAUCCAACAAGAGGAGGAGCAGGAGAGCGGGGAAGGGUCCUUGAGCGGAAAAGAGGUCGCAGAUAAAUGCAGCAGCAGCAGCAGCCCAGAGAGCUGGUACGACACAGAAGAGGCGCCAACGUCCCAUGAGGAAUGUGCCGAAUAUUCUGCACCACGCCCAGCCUCCUGCGCCCACCAGUUUGGCAAGGGAAGCAGGACAUGCCAGGCGCUAGAGCAAAAAGUCCUUGAUGGGGACCGGGCUCUGCAGAGGACCCAGCCCAGAAGUGAAGGCAAAGGAGAGCAAGGAGACCCACCUCAGUUCCUGCCCGCGGGAGAAAGCAUCCUCUUGGGCCGCCACAGGGACACUGACAAGAACCUGUCCCUGCUUGGCUCCAUCGUGGAGAAGAAGCUGGGCCUACAGCAGGGGAUCCACAUCUGGCUGCAUGACCAGGGAAGGCAGACGGAGGGGAGCCUGCCACGGGGCCACCAGGGGCCUGGCCUUCAUGAGGACCAGAGGCAUGCAAAGGAAAUGGGAGCUCAACAUCACUGGGGUGCCAUAAGCUAUGCAGGAGAAGCCGUCACUGUGAAGUGGGAAGAAACCCAGUGUUGCUUUAGUCAAGUAGCAGACUCUGCAGGGCAGGCAGGUGAGGAGGCUCAAGGCCUGGGUUCAGCCCCCACCCCCAAAGUGCAGCUGCUCCAGGCAGGCAGGAUGGAGUCCCAUGUCAGGCUUGAAGAAUCUUCUGUAAGGGCAGCUUCAUGGAUGCCCUCGGAAAUGGGCAGAGGGAGGAGUGGGGCGAGAGGCACAAGGCCCACAACAAGGGGGGAAGGGAGAGGCACGCUCAGUCAAGAUGGGCUGCUUGGAAGUGGAGGACGGAGAUCGAGGGGCAAGGAGAAGACACUGAGCAGCAAGGAACAGAGUUUGAGGAGCAGGGAGCAGAGAUCCAGCAGCCGAAGUUCAAGCAUUAAGGAGCGGAGGUCGAGCAGCAGGGAGCAGAGAUGGAGGAUCAAGGAGCAGAGAUCGAGCAGCAAAGAGCAGAGAUCGAGCAGCAAGGAGCAGAGAUCGAGCAGCAGGGAGCAGAGAUCGAGCAGCAGGGAGCAGAGAUCGAGCAGCAGGGAGCAGAGAUCGAGCAGCAAAGAGCAGAGAUCAAGCAGCAGGGAGCAGAGAUGGAGGAUCAAGGAGCAGAGAUGGAGGAUCAAGGAGCAGAGAUCGAGCAGCAGAAAAAAGAGAUCAAAAAUUGGGGCCUGGAUAUUCUGUGGCCGAAAACAGAAAUCCGAGGGCAGAGCCCAAAAUUCAAGCAAGCGGCGAGGCAGGUCUCGGAGCCAAGGGCAGAGCAAGCGAGGGCGCGGAGGCAACCAUUUGCCAAGAGCCCAACCAUAGCAGCACUGAAGGACCCAGAAUUUAUUUAUUUACUGACAUAGUUACGUUUUAUAUUCACGAGAGACCUCAUUAAGUAAAUUCUCUAGGCAGCAAACAAAAUAAAAAGAGAACAAGAACCCGA